AUGGCGUCUACGAUUUCUCUCACUCUCUUGAACGGAGGAGCAACGCCUUUGAAAUCGUAUCCGCUGCUUCAAAAAUCUAAGCUCACUCCGCAACGUCUUGGCUCUUCUAGGGUUUCUAAUUCUUCCUCGAGUCGCGAAAUUUCUCUUAAGAACCAAUCUACUGCUCCGAUUUCGUGUAGGAGUCGUCGGUUUGACUUUGUUCCUCGUUGCGGCAUUUCGUCGAACGAUUUUCCUACUGAGAAAAAGAAGAAGAGCUUUGGCGAGUGGGUUGAGUAUUUGGGAGAGGCGGUUUCGAUAGCGUUUCCGGUAUGGGUUUCUCUUGGAUGCUUGUUGGGGCUUUUGAGACCAACUACUUUCAAUUGGGUCACUCCCAAUUGGACCACUGCAGGUCUUACGAUCACUAUGCUCGGAAUGGGAAUGACUUUGACCCUCGACGACCUUCGUGGCGCUUUAUCCAUGCCCAAGGAGCUCUUCGCUGGCUUUGUCUUGCAGUACUCGGUGAUGCCACUAUCAGGAUAUUUUGUGAGUAAGCUCUUAAAUUUGCCACCACAUUACGCAGCCGGUCUCAUAUUGGUUGGUUGCUGUCCAGGCGGUACGGCUAGUAAUAUUGUCACGUACAUUGCACGUGGCAAUGUUGCGCUAUCAGUAUUGAUGACAGCAGCUAGCACUGUUUCAGCUGUGAUUAUGACACCGAUUCUUACGGCCAAGCUUGCCAAGCAGUAUAUCACAGUUGAUGCUCUUGGAUUACUAAUGUCAACACUACAGGUGAUUCUUCUCCCAGUGUUGGCUGGUGCAUUUCUGAACCAAUACUUUAAAAAGCUGGUGAAAUUUGUUUCUCCAGUGAUGCCUACAAUUGCAGUUGGAACCGUUGCAAUCCUGUGUGGGUAUGCUAUCGGUCAGAAUUCAUCUGCAAUACUCAUGUCUGGGAGACAAGUAGUCCUGGCUUCAUGCCUUCUUCACACCUCUGGAUUUUUCUUUGGGUACCUGUUUUCAAGAUUACUCGGAAUUGAUGUGGCAUCGUCCAGAACUAUAUCUAUCGAAGUCGGCAUGCAGUUUUAUUCAACCUUUGUGGAGGGUAGUAUUGGGAUUUUUGAACUGGGAACAGCUAGUCUUGUCGCAGAGUAUUAA